UCAACUGGUGGCGACUGGUUAUUAAUAUUAGUUAACGUAACUUUUAAAGAAUAAACUUUAUUUAAAAUAAUAAUAAUAAUAAUAAUAAUAAUAAUAAUAAUAAUGGUUCUCCUGGAGGGGUUCAACACUCUGCUGUCGGUGUUUCGGCACGUCGAACCCAUCCUGGUUCUGGAGCAGCUCGGGAACUGCCUGUUCGACACCGCGCUGCAGCUGCUGGUCCGGGACCAGUGUUCGAACGCCUCCUACCCGGGUCUGAGCCCGGAGGAGAGCCGGCAGAAGGCUAUGAGCGACUUCUACCUGAGCUACAACCUCAUCCUCCGGCUGCUGCCCAUCCUCCCGGCUCUGCUGCUGGGCAAAGUCAGCGACCGCGGCUGGAGGAGAAGCCCCAUCGUGGUGUCUCUGAGCGGGUACCUGCUGAGCAGACUCUGCCUGCUGCUGGUCCUCCUGCUGCGGCUGCCCAUCCAGGUCAUGUUCGCGGGCGCGGUUCUCUUCGGUCUCGGCGGAGGAUUCACCGCCUUCUGGCCCGGGGUCAUGACGCUGGUGUCGCUGAGGUCCACGACGGCAGACCGGUCCAAGGUGAUGAUGAGGGUGGAGCUUCUGUACGGAGCAGCGGGCGUGGUCGGCAGUCUGGUGUCCGGUCACCUGUUCACGCUGUUCAACGCCACGCUGGGCCACGGCGUCGUGCUGCUGAUCGUCAGCUCGCUGCUGCACCUCGUCGCCCUCCUGCUGGCCAUCUUUAUGCUGCAGGUCAAGGUCGUGUCUACGUCCGAGUCGGACGAGAGCCACUCCCUCUGUCACACGGUGGAGGAUGACGACCAACCUGAUGCUAACGCUAGCGUUGAGGCUCCUGCGGGAAUAAACUGGGUCAACGUGGUUCUACUCUUCGCGGCAGCCAUCCUGUACGACUUUGCAGUAGGUGGCGCCAUCACCAUCCUGGGCGUCUUUGUACUGAAGGAGCCGCUGAGCUGGAACGCCACUCAGGUGGGUUACGGAAAUGCAGCCGGCUGCACCAUUUUCCUCACCAGCUUUCUGGGUGUCAUGUUGUUUCGCCGCUGCGUCGGAGACACUUCGCUCAUCCUGAUCGGAAUGGUGUCCUUCGCCUCGGGAAUCUACUUCAUGUCCUUCGUCACGGCGACGUACAUGUUCUACCUCGCUCGAUCGCUGAAUCUCUUCGCUCUCAUCCCGCUGCCGACCAUCAGAUCUCUGCUCUCACAGCAGGUGGCGCCGUCCUCGUACGGCACCAUUCUCACCUCCCUGCAGUUCUCCUUCACCCUGGCGUCCCUGGCCUACCUGCCUGCCUUCACUAAGAUCUACCAGGGAACUCUGACCUGGUUCCCGGGCUUCGUCUUCCUGAUGGCCAGCGUCUUCACCGUCCUGGCCAUGAUACCCAUCAGUAUCAGUAGCUGCAGGUUACCGCGGGGGCGCUGCAGCACAGACAUUCAGGACUGAACGGAGAGAAAAAGAAGAAGAAGGAGGAGAAGAGGACGUGAAACAUGGAGAACGGACUUCCUUUGACAGAGAGGAAAUGACGUUCCCCUUGGUGGAGAACAUCUGAGCGUGAGGAACGUUUGACCACAGUGAAGAGGAAACGUCGCCGAUCUCACCAAACUUUCAUCACAAGAAGAAGUGACUUUUCCGCGGCAAUGCCACAGUGAUUUCAACAGCAGGUUGAGACGCUUCGGUCUGAGGUGAAAAGUCCCCGACGGAGAACUUCCUCAAACGCUCCUGGAAUGUUAUUGUAAAAAAAAAUGACUCUGCACAUUUUUAGUUUUGACUCAGCAAAAACCAGAGUC